AUGGCUCGAAUUGGUCCCUACCUCCAACCGUGCACGACGCCGCAUCGUGGGGAUCUCAUGAUCGCUUCCACAGGAAUUAGAUAUCCCUUCGGCGCCGGGGAUAGCCACAGUGUUCGAGAUCUAGCCCCUGACGACAUUGGCUACCGUCCUGCGUCGCACAGUCACAGCUCAGCGCCGCACAGCAUCUUCACGCAGGCCGGGCCUACCAAGCCUCUAGCCAAUUGGACCAUCUCGGCACAUUUGAAUCGACGAUUUGUCUCUAGCGUUAGAUCCCGGCCGUUGGAACUUUCUCUUCUGGUCUAA